UUAACCGGAUCCACGCCGGUUUCCAUAACUCAAUCUUCGUCUAGGGUUUAGCAAUCUGAAGAGAGUCAAAAGCUCCUGAGAUUAGAAACCAAGUACGAACUCGAAUCCAGAUGAUGAUCAGAUCUCUUUCCACCGCCAUUGUAUCGACGGCCAAGAGAUUUGUUCAUCAGAGCGGCUCCUGUUGCUGGGGACGACGAGCUCUCUCUUGUGCCACCGCUGAUUACAGAGAUACACUGAGAAACGAGCUACAUCAUCUAAAGCUAGAUGACGCGAUUGGUUUGUUCAACGUCAUGGUUCGAUCUCGUCCCCUCCCUUCAACUUUCGAUUUCAGCAGAGUGUUGACUGCGAUCGCGAGGAUGAAGAAGUUCGACGUCGUCAUCUCUCUCUGCCAAGAGAUGGAGCGUUUAGGGAUCCCGCAUAACAUCUACACUUGCAACAUUCUAAUCAACUCUUUCACCCGGUGCUCUCAGUCUCACCUCUCUCUUGCUUUAUCCUUUCUUGCGAAGAUGGUGAAGCUUGGGUACGCGCCUGAUAUAGUCACGCUCAGCUCCUUGCUCAACGGGUUCAAGGGGGUCUCGGAUGCAAUGUCGUUCGUGAAUCGAAUAGAGGGGAUGGGGUACAAACCGAAUGUUGUCGUCUACAACACUCUCAUCGAUGCUUAUUGUAAAGGCGGACGUGUGAGUGAUGCACUCCAGGUGUUCGACGUAAUGAAGAGGAAAGGGGUUGCGCCGAGUGUUGUUACGUAUAAUGCUGUGAUAAGGGGUCUUUGUAAGUCGGGGAGGUGGAAGGAAGCUGAUGGGUUGCUUAGCGAUAUGGUGGAGAAGAGAAUUGAUCCCAAUGUGGUUACUUUCAGUGUGUUGAUCGAUGCGUGUGUGAAGGAAGGGAAUGUCUUGGAGGCUAAAGAGUUGUACAAGGAGAUGAUCAGUAGGUCUGUGGAUCCUGAUAUUCGCGUUUACAACUCGCUCAUCAAUGGUCUUUGCAUCCACGGUCGGUUAGACGAGGCGAGGAAGAUGCUUGACUUCAUGGUAAGCAAGGGCUGCGUCCCGAACGUGGUGACGUAUAACACUCUCAUUAAAGGGUUCUGCAAGUCCAAGAGAGCGCAUGACGGGAUGAAACUCUUCUGCGAGAUGAAUCACAAAGGAGUGCGCGGCGACGCGUUCACUUACAACACUCUCAUCCAUGGUUACUGUCGUGUGGGGAAGUUUAGUGUCGCCCAAAAGGUUAUGAAGCGGAUGUCCGAGUCUUGCGUGCCUCGCGACGUCGUUACCUUCAACAUUUUGUUAGAUUGUUUAUGUGGUAUUGGGAAGAUAGAGAAAGCCUUGACGAUAUUUAGGGAUAUGGAGAAGAAUGAGAUGGAAUUUGAUAUAUUUACUUAUAAUAUCAUCAUUCAUGGGAUGUACAAGGCUGGUAAGGUGGAAGAUGCCAUGGAGUUGUUUUGUAGUCUCAACGAUAAAGGAUUGAAGCCAGAUGUUGUAACGUACCGGACAAUGAUCUCGGGGUUGUGUAGGAAAGGCCUGCGACACGAAGCCGAUGUGCUGUUUAGACAAAUGACAGAAGAUGAGUUUCUGCUAUUGUACAAUUUGUAGGAAUCCUUGUAUUCAUUUGUGUAACCACUUUGAAUAUAGGACGAUGCAGAGAUACAGAGAGUAAUAUAGAAACAUACUUCUAAUUGUUUCAGGCUUGGUCUAAAUUUGUCUUAGAGGUUACUCCGAGUGGCUGGAUCAAAGAGUCAACAUUGCAUUGUGUAAGGUGGCGAAAACUGAGUUAAGUGAGAACAAUACUUUUAGUGCUUUUCUUGUGACAACUUGUGUAAUCGUCGCAUUUGAAUAUAUAUAGCUAUGAUGCUUAUGAUGAGCUUUGAGAAUAGGCAAAUAGUAUCUGUGUUAUUUCCCUCUGAUACUAGAUUUGUAUAUCCUUCUUAAUAUUUAGAUUUAGGUGGUCUUUUUUAUCCUGGUUUAGUAUUAGAGUCGGAGUUUAGGGGAUGAUAUCAUAUUGUGUAUUUUAUGGAUUUCAAUUUUUAGUGGAUAAUGAACACGUUAACGUAUUUGGAUUAUUGUAUUAGAAUUGAGACUAAACUGCUCUCAUUGAUUUCUUAGCAGAAAAAAACUGCUCUUGUUGAUCAACGUGUAGAUGGGUAACUGAGAUGCCCAACACUAAGAAAUGGGUAGUAAGUGAAAGACAAUUGUGGCUGAGCGGUGAAGAAUAAGCUUCAGUACCGCAUGUGAAAAUCCAAAGUGCUUUGAGAUUAAUAUGAUUGCUGCAAGCAUUUGAAACUCCACUGUGCUGUCCUUCAUUUCUCAUAACUAGAAUCAGUUGAUCCAUGUGAUUUCGUGGUAGCAGGGAGAGUUAAGAGUGAAGUUGCAAAAAGAAGAUAAUCCAGCCAUUAUUUGAAUUCGGUGUGUUUUCAGGUUGUGACAAGGAAUCGGAUCAGUAGCAUUGAGCAACGUUCCAAACGUGAUCUGAUCUGCGAUUAUUGUUGAGGCACUUAAGAAGCGUGUUUCUUGAGAAAGGACUUAACUUCAAGACUUCAAGUUCAUCUGAGACAUAUUUAUGGAACCAAAAGUGUAGGAAAAGCUUCAGAAUUGUCAAUAGCCAUCAUCAAAAGUUUCUGAUUGGUCUCACAACGCUUUGAUUCUUGUUCUUGCCAAAGAAACGAACUAAAAGCUUAUUCUUAUUUGGUUGCUCUUGAGAAAGGACUUAAUUAUCCAUUUUUAUCUUAUGUAAUUCCCUGAUGAAUAAUUACGUAUUUAUCCGUUUUAUUUUGAUUCUGGAAA